AGUGUAAAGAAACCAAGUGGAUUAUUUUGGAUGUAAAAUAGACAAGCAAAAGUGGAUCUGGCUAAACAUAUGUUUGUCUUUUUGAUCCUACUGCUUAUGCAGCUCAAUGCCGUAACAGUGAAUCAUUCUCUGCAGUAUAUUUACACUGCAUCAUCUGGAAUCAAAAACUGCCCAGAGUUUGUGGCUGUUGGUCUGGUUGAUGGAAACGAGGUCAUGUACUAUGACAGCAACAUCAGGAAAGCAAAACCCAAACAGGACUGGAUGAAGAACGUCACAGAGGAUGAUCCACGUUACUGGGACUUUCAAACACAUCAGUUAUCUAGAACCCAGAAAUCUUUUAUAGAUGGUAUUGAAGUUGCAAAGCAACGAUUCAACCAAACUGGAGGUGUUCACGUCUUCCAGAAUAUGUACGGUUGUGAGUUUGAUGAUGAAUAUGAAGAAGUUGAAGGUUGGGAAAGCUUUGGUUAUGAUGGAGAGGAUUUCAUCGCAUUAGACCUGAAAACAGAGAGAUGGUUUGCUCCAGUAGCUCAGGCUUUAGUCACCAAGAAAAAAUGGGACAAUGAAAAAAUGAAGAUGGCACUGACAAAGAACUACAUCACCCAAAUUUGUCCUGAUUGGCUGAGAAAGUAUUUGGAUUAUGGGAAGAACUCUCUGCUGAGAACAGUUGUUCCUUCAGUGUCUUUCCUCCAGACGUCUCCAUCCUCUCCAGUCUGCUGCAAUGCUACAGGUUUCUAUCCCCGCAGAGCUGAAAUGUUCUGGAGGAAAGAUGGAGAGGAGAUUCAUGAUGGUGUUGAGAAACAGGAGAUUCUUCCUAACAAUGAUGGGACGUUCCAGAUGAGUAUUUAUAUUGACCUGUCAUCUGUUCCAACUGAGGACUGGACAAAAUAUAAAUGUGUGUUUCAGCUCUCUGGUCUCAAAGAUGACCUUGUUAUCCAACUGGAGAAAACACAAAUACUGAGCAACUAUGGUGAGAAUAAAAUGAGAAGUGAAGGAUAAUUUUGGGAAAUAAACUGUAGAUUAGAGGUGUUGUAAUUUUUGUAUUUUUACAGACUUAUGCAUUUUUUAAUGUUGAUUUGUCUGUGUUUUUAUACAGCAGCAUCACAUGUUUCUUUACUAAAUGUUAACUUGAAAACUAACCAGCUACGUAGAGUAACAGUAUAAAUAACAGCAAAGCAACAUACGGUAAGUAGACUAUAAACAAUCUUACUUAUUGUAAAUGUUGAUUUUAGCACAUGAGGGAUUAACGUGCAUAUUUUUAUUUUUUAUCCACAGACUAUUCAAUUAUAUCCACUGCUUCUUUGAGCAUAGUUGUUGUAAUUCUAUGUCUUGCAACCUUUGCUCUGUCUGGAUACCUUUACAAGUUGAAAAAGAAUAAUG